ACACGACAAGACACUCGCUGCAAAAACCUUAGUCAAAAGUGGUUCUACCGUGAAUCCCGUGAAAUGACCGUGAAUUGUCAAAGUCACGGUAAAUUGAGAGACCCCUUGGUUUUUCCGCAAAAUCAACUUUAUUCGCAACACUGCUUGGAUGUAAAUAUUUACUUUUGCUAAUUUGUUUGUGUUUGGCUUCAUUUUGUCCGUAAACAUUAAAGAAAUUUUCAAAGAUCGGGAACCUCUUCUGGCCAUCACGAUGACCCAUUCAGCCGGAACCAAGAGUCAUCUGAUCAAACUGCUGGACCGAGUUUUCCACUAGCCGCUCCGGGCCCGUGUAGUGGCGAGUGCCAGUCAUCCUGCAACGCUAAUGAGCCAGGGAGGGGAAGAACCGGAACAAAAAACCACGCUGGCACCCGUGGCAUCACCAGUAUCGGCUUCAGGUGGACCGUGCCCUGUCCCAGCUUGAUGGGGCUACAAUUGAACAGGCGCAUCCUCUGCUGCUUCCCAAUCCCUGCUAACACGUACGGCCUCGAUCCGGCAGUGCUCCACCUCGGAAGCCGGAACUUUACAAAACCUUUGUAAAGCUGGUCAGCGAUUCGAUAAUUACAGCUCCAACCAUCCGACAAGGGCAGGCCCGUGAUACGCUGCCGUAACCGGCGGUGCCAGAGAGAGGUUCGUUGGCAAAUUCUGCGGUAUUCCCGGAACAGAAAUUCUGCCGAAAAGGGAGCCAUAGAGUGCGUGGAUUUCGGCGAUUUAUGACGUGUCGAUGUUUCUGAGUUUUAUUGAGGUUUUGAAGAACGGGGUAGGCUUAAUGGUAAGACGGAUACAGCAGCAUCCGCGUUGUCGGGGGCGUUAAUAACGGAUUGCAGCGUGAACCUUUCGCCGGCCUCGAGUCGAAUCAAUCGAACAUUGGGAGGAAGAUGGGUGGUGGCAUGAGUUGAGAUUCGCUGACGCAUAGGAGCACGCUGAACUCAUUUCUUUUUUUUCCGUAGGUCUCAUGUUCUAGCGUGAGUCUCACCCGUAGUCUAGACGCCGGAAAAGCCGGUUGCAGCCAACAUUUUGAUUGUUAUGACGAGGGAGGAUAAAGGAACCUAAGUUGAACCGUUUCCCAUAAUCAACACGACGACAACUCAACCGAUGCAAAAUCUGUGAGGAUGUUGAUCUGUACGUGUGCACUAAUCGAUAGUUCCGACGACCUAGGAUCAUUCCUUGAACUUCGUAUACUGUUACUGCCUAGGUACCCCACAGGAGUGCCUCCACCUAUAAUUUGAACUGAAUAUCAGAUGCCGGUUUCGGCAGCGCACCACAAGUCCUAACCUCCUCCAGACGGUCUGGACCGCCACCCUCUCUCAAACCCGUUCCCGCCGAAUAGUCCAAGGGUUUGUAAGGAACCCCCGGCGGGGAAACCUCCGAGGCAAGCAUUCAUACGUUGGGGCCAAAACUAAAAAGCAACGAAAGAUGCUACUGUUCGGUAAAUGCCAAGUCAGACUGGGGCAAAAUCCAGUACCGUCAACUGGGGCGACACAUGAGGCGAAUUGGGACAGCAGUUUUAACCAUGCAGGAGCACAAUAUUUUGAUUUUUCUGGUUGGUUUCGGUUAGAACAGACCAACAAAAUGUGUACUUCCAUUUCCGAAUUUAAAACCAUAAAAUGCUCUUAACACUGCUAUCCCUAUUCAGACUGUAGUCCCGAUUCGCCCCAGAUGGCGGUACACCUGAAACAAAUACCAACCAUGCAAACACAGGCAUCAACGCAGUUUGCACUCCGGUUCUUCCAAUCCCCGGUCAAAACAGCACAAUGUUGGCCCUAAAAUGUCGAAGGCUGACCAGGACCCACCACUGGACGACCCAGCUAGUGGAAAGGGCAUUCCCACACUUUGGACAGUUUGGCAUAAACCGUUGGGCCGAAACUUCAAAAGCUGGCAUGUUCCUUGCUGAGCCGACCCGUACCGAGAUCAUCAUUAUGGCCACCUGCACCCAGAACGUUCUGGGCGAGAAGGGUCGCUACAUCCGCGAGAUGACCGCCGUCGUCCAGAAGAGAUUCGGUUUCGCCCCGGCACCGUUGAGCUAUACGCCGAGUCGUGCCCGGUUAGCUGCGUGGUCAGCGUGCCAAGUCGAUGAAGUACAUCGACGACUGAUGAUCCAUUCCGGAGAUCCUUGCAAUGUGUACGUCGACACGGCCAUCUGCCACGUCCUGCUGCGAAAGGGAGUGUUGGGCGUCAAGGUCAAGACUAUGCUGCUGUGGGGUCCGAACGUCAAGAUCGGCCCAAAUAAACCGCUGUCGGACAACGUUUCGAUUGUGGAGCCCAAUGACGAGACCAUGUUCAACACGCCCGCAGCGAACCCAAGAACUAGCGGUCGCCGUUGGAGUUAGGAGCCGGUGGAACCGUCGUCGAUGUGGUUUAAUCCGUCAUUGGUUAAGCUGGGCGCUGCUAUACUUAUAGGCUCAUAGCUGAUAUA